GGGGUCCAUCUCUCUGCAUCUGCAACAUAUCAAUAGUUCAACUUCAAAGUUCAAACCAAAAUGAUCUAAAUAUUUCCGUGUCCUUAACAGCAAAAUCUUCAAUCAAAUUCCAUGGAGUUUACAAGGGUAUACACGUCGUCCUUCUCCUUCUUAUCCACUGUAACAAGGUGCAGGCACGACGUGUUCUUGAGUUUCAGAGGCGAAGACACCCGUCACAACAUCACCCAGCAACUACACAGGGCAUUAGUGGAGGCAAACAUUCCCACCUUCAAAGACGACAUCAAUCUCCAGAAAGGAGGAGAGAUCGCUUCUGAGCUUCUAAAAGCAAUCCAAAUGUCCAGAAUUGCCAUCAUAGUCUUCUCUAAAAACUAUGCCACUUCUGGGUGGUGUUUGGAUGAGCUGGUGCAGAUCCUAGAAUGUAAGAAUCAAGCUGGCAUGUUGGUUCUUCCUAUAUUUUAUGAUGUUGAUCCUCUCCAUGUUGAGCACCAGACUGGGACUUUUGGUGAAGCGUUUACAGCACAAGAAGAGCGUUUCAGGAAUGGGAACUUGACAGAAAACAAGUUGGAAAAGUGGAGGGCAGCGUUGACUGAGGCAGCUAGUUUAUCUAAAGGAUGGGAUUUGCCGAAUGUUGCUAGUUGGCAUCAAUCAAAGUUUAUAAAGGAUAUUGUGAAACAUAUUUUGGACAGACAUCAAGAUGCACACAUGAAUGUUUCCAUCUUCCCACCUGGAAUGGAUUCUGGUAAAGAGUACCUGAAUCUCUUACUAAGUGUGAUAUCAGAUGAUGUUCUCAUAAUAGGCAUAUGUGGAAUGGGCAAAACAACAAUUGCCAAAGCCUUGUAUGAUCAAAAUUUCCAAAGAUUUGAGGGCAGUAGUUUCCUUUCCGAUGUAAGCAGAAUUGCAGAAACACCAGAUGGACUACUUGCUUUACAGAAACAGUUGCUUUCUGAUAUCCUAAUAAAAGAUAGUUUAAACAUAGACAAUGUUGAAAGAGGAACUGAAGUAAUAAAAAAUGAACUUUGCUGCAAGAGAAUUCUUGUAGUUCUUGAUAAUGUGAAUAGCUUGGACCAAUUAAACACACUCGCGAGAAAGCGUGAUUGGUAUGGUUCAGGAAGUAGAAUCAUCAUAACAACAGAAGAUGCACGAUUGCUUAAUGUACUUGAAGUUGAUGAUGUUUAUGGAGCUCAGGGCAUACAGGUCAUAGAGGAUAAGUAUAGGCAGAACCUUCAAAUGAUUGAAGAUUACAAAGAUUUUAUCUUGAAGUCCCAUGCUCAGGCUCUUGAAAAGGAAAGGCUGCUCAUUGCCGAAAUAAAAGGCGAGCGAAUGAAGAGGACCUCUGAGGCACAAAAUAUUGAUGACAUAGAAGAAAGUCUGGAUCAAAUGGUCCCUUUAAGUACACUUACCUCCACAAUGAAUGCCAUAAUGAUUGGAAUGGGAGACCAAGGUUGUGGACUUCGUGCUCUUCAAGGGAAUGCGCUCGAUUUUGAGCUGGAAGAGGAGAUUAUAAGUAGGAACGCUUUGGUUGGUAAUGGAGGGGAAACGAGAAUGCCUCUCUGUUAUGCAUACGGGGGAUUUGGUGAGAGAAUUAAUAGAGAUGAUACAGCAGAAAAGGACUCAGUUCAGGGAACAAUGCAUUUGAGUAUCCCGGGAAUAUCAGAGUACGGAGAUAGACAACAACAAGAACUUUGAGAGUAGAAUGUGUGUGUAUAGAAUAAUUCUAGUGACAUACCUAAUCCCAUACUGAAUUUCACAACAUACUGAUAUGUGCAAUUGUGAUUGAUAUAUAUUUUUUGCUAA